AAAAAAAAAAGAAUGGAGAGCAGAAGGCUCCCCUUACAGGGUUGGAAAUGCAGAUGUGGCAUGCGGGAGAUGCAAGGUCCAUGUCUUCACCCUUGCCCUUCCCUUCGUCCACCUCUUCCGGGCCUUCGCCACUGGUAAUCCAGCAGUAGCCGCAAACUGAAUUUCAGUUCUCCCGUAGGACUCAAUUCUUUGUUUCAGAAAAUAUGUGGAAAAACAUUUUCUGCAUAACAAAGCAACUUCGUGUUUCAUUUUAACUCCAUAAUCACAGAUCUAUGUUACUCUAGGUAUAUUUUGCAGUGAACGCAUUUGCGUACUAUUUUCUCCAUUUCUGUUUGUUAUUUUGCAGGUCGAGUUGGGGGGGAGAAAGCAUAGAGCUGUUAAUUUAUAGUUUAUUAGCGGGAAACAAAACAUGACAGAAACAGAUGCCUUCUAUAAAAGAGAAAUAUUUGAUCCGGCAGAAAAGUACAAAAUGGACCACAGGAGGAGAGGAAUUGCUUUAAUCUUCAAUCAUGAGAGAUUCCUUUGGCACUUAACACUGCCAGAUAGGCGGGGCACCAGCGCCGACAGAGACAAUCUUACCCGCAGGUUUUCAGAUCUAGGAUUUGAAGUGAAAUGCUUUAACGAUCUUAAAGCAGAAGAACUACUGCUCAAAAUUCAUGAGGUGUCAACCUCUAGCCACACAGAUGCCGAUUGCUUUAUGUGUGUCUUCCUGAGCCAUGGCGAAGGCAAUCACAUUUAUGCAUAUGAUGCUAAAAUUGAAAUUCAGACAUUAACUGGCUUGUUCAAAGGAGACAAGUGUCGGAGCCUUGUUGGAAAACCCAAGAUAUUUAUCAUUCAGGCAUGUCGAGGAAACCAGCACGAUGUACCGGUCAUUCCUUUGGAUGUCGUAGAUAAUCAGACAGACAAGCUGGACACCAACGUGACUGAGGUGGAUGCAGCCUCCGUUUACACACUGCCUGCUGGAGCAGACUUCCUCAUGUGUUACUCUGUUGCAGAAGGAUAUUAUUCUCACCGGGAAACGAUCAAUGGCUCAUGGUACAUUCAAGAUUUGUGUGAGAUGUUGGGAAAAUAUGGCUCUUCCUUAGAGUUCACAGAACUCCUCACACUGGUGAACAGGAAAGUUUCUCAGCGCCGUGUGGACUUCUGCAAAGACCCAAGUGCGAUUGGGAAGAAGCAGGUUCCUUGCUUUGCCUCAAUGCUAACUAAAAAGCUGCAUUUCUUUCCAAAGUCUAAUUAAUAGGGGCGAUCUUAUCUUACAGUCUGUAUUGAAAAUGUCUUUCUCUUCUUUUUAUAUAAAUAUCGUUAGGUUAAGCAUAUGGUCAGUGAUUCAAAUGUUUUAAUGUUUAGUGCCCAGCAAAGAACUGCCUUAAAAAAAAAAAAUAGUUCAUGUUGGCCAUGGGGAAAGGGUUUGAUAUGCAGAAACAAAAUCCUCAGGAAAUUAAAUAAUUUACAAGCAUUUGUAAUACUUUUUAGUAUUACAAAAAAGUAGGAUUACACAAAAAUCUGGCUGAUUUAAUUAGUAUUUUGUCACAUUUUAAAUGAAAGUUUUUAUAAAAGUUGUUUUUAAAGGUUUUGAAAUCCAAUAAUUAAAUCAUCCCUUAUAAAAUAUUUGAAAUUCAUAUUUUAUUACAUUUUUCUAACAUUCUUAUUCAUUUGUGUAAUUUGUAGUUUUUACUUGGUCAUAUAAACGUUUAAUAUUUCAUCUACAUGUGAAUUACCACAUUUUGUGUAUGACUUUAAUUCCUACUUUUUAAAAAAUCAGCAUUUCAGAAUUGUUAUAUGGCAUUCUGAGGAUGAAACAGAAAAAUAGUAAUUCUUAGCCACUAUAGGCCGAACAUCUGCAAAUUCUGAUUCUGUCAGCAUCUUCCAUGUUAAGUUCCAAGAAACAGUCCAACCGUCAUCAGA